AUGGAAAAUUCACAUGUGCUUGAAAACUUCACAACAAAAGAAAGAAGUACAAACUUCUCAAAAGCAGAAGUUGAUAAACUACAAUCACUUGUAGGAAAAUAUAAACAUAUACUCUUAUGUAAAAAAACUGAUGGGACCAGCUCUAAACAAAAAGAGAACGUUUGGAAUAAUAUUUCCAAAGAAUUUAAUGCAGUUGGUGAAACACCGCGCAGUGAAGCUAGCAGCAAGCGUCAGAGUAUGUUAAAAACUGGUGGUGGCCGCCUGACACCCUCAUUACCCCCUUCACAAGAUGAUGAAGAAACUACUGAUUGGUUAAAGUCAAUUAUGUCAACAUCUAUUGAUGGAAAUGAUGCUAUUUAUGAUGAUGAUGUAAUCAAGCCCCAUGAAGACGAAAAUAUCAAACUGGAUAUUAUAACAAUUAAAAAUUCUAAUACUCCCAUUGCAAAGGUUGCUGAAAGUAAGACAGCAGAACCAGCUGGAAUUGACGCAGAAAUUGUUUUUGACACCAGCACACCCCAUUCAUCAUUGAAGAGACCAAUGUCUUCACCGCUAAAAUGUAAAAUUAUUUUAUCCUUCUCUACUUUUGGAUAAAUACAUUAAUGUUGUUAAAUAUUUGAAAAACUCACUGUGGUUCAGUGGUUCAGACAACUUGCGCUUUAGCUUGAAGGUUUGAA